UGUUGGCGAAUAGGAUGCGCCAAACGCAGAAGAAAGCGCCGUGAGAGCUAUUAGAGGAAACAAGCGGCAGAAGUGCGCGGCGCAAUUUGGAGUUUGAGGACACAAAGUUGUGAGAGGCGCAAAUACAUCUCGGGAGAGGUUCUUACCAUUUUCAUGGCGCUUCAGUAGUUCAGGCCGUUAAAAAGGCAUGCAAAGAAGAGGACAUAAAUCCUAAAUUACCAGGAGCGAUGGCAUCUUACCACGGCUUAGAGGGUGACGCAAUGGCCCUGAUGGUGCACGACACCAACGCGGUGAAGACGGAGGAGUUCGUGAAGGACGAGCCGGUCCGGACCGAGACGAGCUCGGAGAAAGCGGACCCGUCCCAAAAGCCGCCCUACUCGUACGUGGCCCUCAUCGCCAUGGCCAUACGUGAGAGCUCGGAGAAGCGCCUGACUCUGUCAGGCAUCUACCAAUACAUCAUCAACAAGUUCCCUUUUUACGAAAAGAAUAAGAAGGGAUGGCAGAACAGCAUCCGCCACAACCUGAGCCUGAACGAGUGCUUCAUCAAAGUGCCACGCGAAGGUGGCGGAGAGCGCAAGGGGAAUUACUGGACGCUGGACCCGGCGUGUGAGGACAUGUUUGAGAAGGGGAAUUACCGGCGCCGGCGGCGGAUGAAGCGGCCGUUCAGGCCUCCCGCGGCUCAUUUCCAGCCCGGCAAGUCUCUGUUCGGCGCAGACGGCUACGGUUACCUGUCGCCUCCUAAGUACAUCCAACCAAGCUUCAUGAACAACGCCUGGUCGCUCGCUCAGCCUCCUCCUCCGCCGCCUCCGCCGCCCAUGUCGUCCUACGCGUCAUGCCAGAUGGCGAGUGGCGACGUGAGUGCCAUCAACGUGAAAGGCCUUUCCACCGCGUCCUACAACCCGUACUCCCGCAUGCAGGCCAUGGGCCUGCCGAGCGUCAUGAACUCGUAUAACGGCGUGAGCCAUCACCAGCACCAGGCGCAGCAGUUAAGCGGAGCGGCGCCUGCGCCAUCACCCAUACCAGGCAACAGCGCGGCGGGGCUCCAGUUCGCUUGCGCCGCGCGUCAGCCCACCGACCUCUACUCGUACUGGGACCAUGAAGCCAAGCAUUCAGCUUUGCACUCUCGGAUUGACAUUUAAACCGAUAGAGAGGCACAAAACUGGAAACUGCUUGACGACUCAGUGUUGUGAACGUUUUCUAGGCCGCCUGGGAGGUCUAUUUUACAUUUCUUUUUCUCUCGAGACUUACACGGAAUAGAAACAGAGUAGCUCUGAAGAAAGCAACACAAAAAAAAAAAUUCCCUGGUUUGGAUUAAACCUUGUAGAGCUUCAGUUGAUAGAUACAGAUGUUCAUUUAUCACAGUGCGUAAUUCAACACUGAAAAUUUGGCUCUGAAAUUCGGAUCUCGCUUAAAAGGAUCUCGCCUGCACACUUAUAUUUGUACAGAUGUCAGAUUAACUUUUACAGCACAAAAUAAAUACUUGCCGUUUUUAAUUACAACAACAAACUGAAUGAACUUUCACAGGGCCUCUCUGUGUCCAGAUGGGCUGAUAUUAACCCAGAGUGUGUUUAUUUGCAGACAAGUUGUAUGAUUUUUAGUUAUCGGCUCAUGAAGCCUACAGAGCGCACACGCAAAUAUAAAAAUCAAAGAAAGACUACAGCCCAUAAGUCAAUGUGUAAAAAAAAAGAGCUCUGGCUGUGUAAAAUCAACUUCACGCAGUGUUUUGAAAUGAACCGGAGUGUGUUUAUAUGAUUAUUUUGAGCCCUAAAGUAGCCCCAGUCUGUUGUUUACUCCAUCCAGUGUAGAUUAGUCCUGUAGAAUACUGACAUAAUAGCUUUUUAGAUCUUUUUAAAUCUUUUUUAAUUUUAUUUUGUUUUAUUAUUUUUUUUAAUUAAAAAUCACCAGGCCAGACCUCUUUUCGUUGAUAUAUAUUUUUUGAUACUUUACUUAAAUAAUGACAUUGUUGGGACCAUGUUAAAUCGGCACUUAUUUUAAAUAAAAUACUUUGGUGAAAUA